CUGAGGAACAUUUGUAGCCUAAGUCCACCAGCCACUGGAUGGGAUGCACUUCCACCUGCCACAGAUAUGAGCACAGAGGCCGACAUUGCCCGAGUUAAAUACUUUAGAAAUACGGUUUAUGGCCAUGCUAAGAAGGCUUCUGUGGAUGAUGCUACAUUCAAUGUGUAUUGGCAAGACAUCAAAGAUGCUUUAGUGAGACUUGGAGGACCUGUAUAUGGAGUGGCAAUUGAUGAUCUUAAAAAUGAGUGCAUGGACCCUGUAUUUGAAGAAUACUACAGAGAACUUCUAAAGGAAUGGAAAAGAGAUGAUGAUAACACCAAAGACAAACUGGAUGAGAUUCACUGGAUGCUUAAAGAACAAAUGAAA